UAUAGCAACAAAAUACAUUUAUUUAACAAAAUAAAAUUUUAAAAAUUAAUUUUAAAUUGACUAUUAAAAAUUUAAUUUAUCAAACACUUAUAUUUUAUCGAAUUCAAACUGUUUAAGACGCAUAGUUAAAUAUUAAAUAAUGGCACAUAACUGCAAACAGAUAGCUAAAUCUGAAGGGUGUUGUCGGCGAGAUAAACAAAUGAUGAGAUGUGCGACGACUGCUCUAAAACAGAUGAAGGAUAUGUUUGAAACAGCUUGGUGUCCGAUCAAAGAAAACCCGGAUAAACAAUUGAAAAAAUACAAUGGCUGUGUAAUAGAUCCCGUAUGUAACAUCAAGGAAUGUCCAUUCCGUGGAUGUGGGGUGGCGCCUAACGUUUUGCAGAACUAUUGCGCCAAAAGCAUCGAGAAGACCUUCGGUGGGCAGUCAGAUCGUGACGCCAUGCGACUGAUGCCAGGCGAAGUAGGGCUGCGUGGUGAUCGCGCUACGUUCUCUUUAGUUCGUGACGACCGCUUGAUGAACGAUAAAAGCAGUACCGGUGGUGGUGAGGUGUACUACAACAUACGUCCGAACGUGAAUCAGUCGAUGGAGGAAGACGACGUAAUCUACGUCGACAACAAUGACAUGCAGCAAGAUCAAGAUCAGGAACAGGAUCAGGAUCGGAAUCAAGAUAAUGAUCUAGAACAGGAUGAUAAUGAAAAUGAUGAGCAGGGCGAUGAAUUAGAAGAUCAACCACUGUCAAAUGAACGCAAGCAUGUGAUGGAAGUACUACCGAAAUCUGUGAAACCAAAACUAGGACCAGUCACCGGACUGCCCGUGAGCGACGAUGAACACGUGUUCGUUCUGUGGCUGGGAAAGCGACCGGGUGAACCUGAUGAGAAAGCCCGGCUUCAGAUCGAAGUGCGCGUGCCAAAAUGGGUACCGGAACCGGAAGAGGGGACAUCUGAGACGAUGCUCACUGAAGAAUUACCGGAAGUGACAACGAAACCGACAAAGCAGAAGAAUCGUGGAAGCUCCAAGAAGUCCGGCAGAUCUAAGAAGUCCGGCAACUCCAAGAAGUCCGGAAAAUCUAAGAAGUCCAACUAGAAAUGAAACUUAUGGAAAUUAAGAAUAUUGUAAUCACACGCAUAUAUUAUACUUGGUGUCCCCAUUACCCAUAAAUCUCUGUGUAAGCUCUUUAAAACGCAAAUUUUACAUAAUUAUUUUUAAUUGUGGACUUGAAACAAAGAUCACUUCAAAAUUUCAAACUUUAAUCUAUUAUAGUAUACGUUAAUUCUUUGUCAGUUGGGCUAUAUGUAUAUUUUGAAAUAUAUAUACUUUCUAUUUA